AUGCAGGGAGUUGUACACCAUGUGGCAAAGGAUAGUCUUCCUAUUAUCAACUUUAAUGAAAAGUUAGUUACUCUUGAAAGAGCUUCCUUUGAUGUUUUUGAUCUGAAACAACAGAAGAAUUUGGCUAGCAGGAAACAGUUUCCUGUAAUAUUGGCAUUUGCACUUACUGUACAUAGAGCACAAGGACAGACACUGCAAAAUGUGGAAGUUGAUUCUUUUUCAUUUUUUGCUCCAGGACAGAUGAGGGAUACAUUUGUUAUGCCAUCUGUCGAAUGUUCCCCGCCAGAUGACCCAACUGAUCAGGAUCCAGAUGAUACUUAUAUUUGUAUGGACAUGGAUGAACUGCCAGUUUUAGCUUCACCAUGGGAUAUUUUUGAAUUUCAAACAGAAAAUAAAUCUGCGCCAUUUAUGUCGGAUAUAUCUCCUGAUUUCUUCGUAUCAUUACCUUUGGAAGACCAUGUGAAUUAUCUAUAUUAUAAUGUUGAUGCCAUUGUUAGUGCGAAAUUGGAUAAUUCUGAUAAUUGGAUUAAUGCAUACACCAAGUUGAAUGAAUUUGUGUUAUCUGAUAAACAUAUAUUGUCUAUUCAGAAACUAUUUAAAGUGAACAAUAUAAAUAAAUAUCAGAAUAAAUUGUCCACCAAAAUAGUAUUUUGGUUAAUGAAUAAAGAAAUAGAAAAAAAAGCUAAAGCUGUAACUGCUAAACAGAUAACUGACAUUGAGGCUGAAACAAGCAUAGAGGAAGAAUUGUCCUCAGCAGGAAAAAGCAAAAUUAGGUAUUUGACUGGAGCCUGUGUCCAAAAAAUUACUAAACGUUUAAAAGAGUCUGUAUUAAGAAAAAUGGGUCAGAGCACCAAAAAAAGCAAGCUGGCUAUGAGGAUGGACUAUAAAAAACAGUGUUUGCUGAAGCAGUUUCGCAUUAGUGAAUUAGAUGUUGCUGACAAUGAUGAAAGUAUGGUUGAAAUUGAUUUUAAGCAAGGACCAUCGAGGGGUUUAACAAUACCAAAUGACAGUGUAUUUAACUUUUUCCUGUCUUUACAUAGUGUAUUACAACAUAAAUUAAGUCUGAAACAAAUGCAUUUAUAUUUGGAAGACUUGCAUAACCAUUGUAGGAAUGCUGUUGAUAAUGAUGAUGUACUAAUUGGCAAAUGGAUUUCAUUAUUUGAUAUUCAGGAUGAUGGUAAAAUUGAAGAUGAACUAUUUUUAACACUUAUUAUGGAAUUAUAUCGGGAUGUAACUGAACAUUUUAUUAGAAUUUCUUUUGUUGAUUCUUUAAAAUAUUUCAAAAGAACCAUUCCAAGGAAACGGAUUUUUUAA